UGGGCCACUCCCGAGUCCCUCCCCUGGCCCUCCACCGUCCCUCUUCCCACCGCAGGUGGGGCGGGGUUCUAGGCAGCACCCGGAGACACUCCGCUGGCCGGAUGCCCACCGCCCUGGCGCCCAGUGCAGGGGAUGGCCCAGGUGCGUGCCCCAGGUGUGUGCCCCCGCCUGGGUGAGGCCCUGCCUGGUCCCCCAGGUCCCGCGGAGCCCGCCUGCAGGAGGAGCCUGCCGGGAUGGACGCCUGGGUUUCCCUGGCAACGUCGGGCGGGCCUCCUCCCAGCCUCCUCCCUGCCUCCUGGCGGAUCUCCGGAGUGGGCCCUGGGCUCUGCCUGCGCUGGUCUUGGAGCCAUGGCUGCUGCCCGGAGCCUUCUAGCUGCCUCGCGGAGCCACGUCCUCAGUGAACGGAGCCAGCCCGGCCAGCGCAGGACUCCUGGCCAAGUGCACGGGGCAGAGCCGGAUGGCGGCCGAGGGGGCGCCAGCAUGGUGACGCAGCUGCAGAGGGCAGACACGCUGCACCCUCCUGCAGUCGAGGAUGACCUCAUGGCCACCCUGAGGUGGCCCGAGCCCUCUGCACAGCCAGGUCCCCUGCAGGGAGGUCCCUAUGAGGCCUGGUCCGACCACAUGCAGAGGCCAGACUCCCCUGGGAAGGCCUGCAGCUACCCAGUGUGGACGACAGGCGAGGAGGCCAAGGACGAGGACAGCUUGGUGUCGUCAGGCCGCCUGUCCGGCUCCUCGGGGGGCCACGAGUCAUGCGCACCGCCCCAUGGGCCCUGGAAGGAGAGGGCCCCCCAGGUGCUGGGAUCCCCGCGGCUGCCCAGGCAGAGCAACCCGCGGCUGGAGCAGCUGAGGGACAAGAUCCGGGCCCAGGUGCAGUGGCAGGCCAGCUGCGCCUCCCUGGCCACCUCGACACCCUCCAGCGCCUCGCACCUCUACAAAGCCUCCUCGCCAGCCCCCCGGAGGAAGACCCGAAAGCUGAAGCACUCCCCUCCAGCCCCGGUCUCCCCAGGCUCCAGAGUCCUGAGUGCAGCUGAGCGCGGAGUCGAAGACAAGGUCCUUCCCGGACAUGGGCGUGAGCCCUCCCCGGUCUCCCUGUGCCAGGCCUCAGUUCCACGGGAAAAAAACAAAAGCACUAAAAACAGUUCUUGCAGAAGAGAGACGGACCCCAAGUCGCCCACCCCUCAAAGAGCCACCAGAGACACGGGUAAGGCUGAAGAUUCUGAGUUGGUCGGUGUUCACGCCUGGAGGAAAGGAGCAGCUCUGGCGAGGGAGCUGCUUGGGCCCCCGCCGGCCCGCCCCAGGCUCCAGAGCGAGGUGUCCCCAAGAGGCCUGGCCCCAAGUGCAGAAUUAGGUACCUUGUGCCUCCACCUCGGGCUGCACCCUGCUCUGCCACGGCUUCCGGGGGUGGGCACCAAGGGGGCGCAUCUCGGUCCCCACGCCACCUGGGGAGGAGGUGGCAUCGAGAUGCGGGAGCGGCACCUCUGCCCCAGUGACCUGUCAAGUGCCCUGCGAACCUGCCAUCGAGGUCCCGCUGCUGCUGCGACUGCCUGUGAUGACGAGGCUGGAGCCCCUGAGAGCACCCCAGUUCGUGCCCGGACGCCCAGUCCAGCCUCCGUCCGUGGUGACCUGCACAUGCCUGCCAGCACGCCCCACUGGGCUUCCUGCGACCAACACGUGACCAUCCAGUCUGCUAUGGCCAUCCUUCGAGAACUCCGCCAGCAAAUCCAGACAGGGCUAGAGUUGGCCCGAGACCGCCACGUCAGGGGUGGGCAUCAGCACCGGCUGCGGGACCUGACAGGGAGGGGGCACCAGGGCCCUUGGAGUGUCCCCGGCGUGCGGGGCUCCUCCAGCAGUCCUCGGGCCACAACCGAGGGGCCGCGCUCCUCCUGGGAGAGGGCUGGGGUCUUGCCCUCCAGGCCACGCUGGAGCACCUUGGCCCGGUGGGAGUCCUACCCGCAGAGGGCCUGGUCGGCCCAGGCACGGGACUCCUCUUUCCAGAGGCCUGGGAGCCCCCACGAAAGGCCGGCCCCCUUCCCUCUGCGGCCCUGGAGCGCCUUGGCUGGCCAGAGGACCCGGGCCACCUGUGAAGAAUGGGGUGGCCCUGCCGGACCAUCAUGGAACUCUCUGGAAAGGCGGAGCUCCUCCACCCAGCGGCCCUGGAGCAGCGCCUCCUUCACGCAGAGGGCCGGCAUCCCGUGCAAGAGCAGAGGCUCCCUCCUGCCUCCCUCCGGAGCGAAGCACAGCUGGCCGCGACCCGCCCAGGCUGCCCCCCGGAACGCCCCUGGGAAGGAGAAUGAGGCCCGGCGGCCGCCUCCCUGCCCGAAGCCCCGGGGCUUCCUGGGCCACCCCUACAGCUCCGAGUCCCUGCGGGAGUUCAUGCGCCAGAAGGCGCGGGCACGGCGGCAGCAGGCCCUGGAGGAGAAGGCCGCCGCCCUGCAGGCCGUGGAGCUGCGGAGCCAGAGGCUGCGGGACGUGCACAGGAAGCAGAGGGAGGCUGUCCUGGGCAAAGCCGCCUCUGGCAAGGUGGUCCCCAAGAAAGCCUUCCCCGUGGUCUCCCAGACGAACCCCGGCAUCGUGACCUUUGUCCCACAUUCUGCACAGUGCAGGGGCCUGGAGGCCCCGGGGAGCCUGGGGUCGCCCGUGCUGCAGUGGAGCAAGGUGACUUCCGGCAUGGUGCUGGGGGACCAGGAGGCCCCGGGCAGCUUCUGCCUGUGCCUGAACAGAGCCUUGAACCAUGCUGAGACCCUGGACACAGGAGCCCCCCAGGAAGGCUGGGAUGGCGCCCCCCUGCUGACGUCUGCCGGCUCCUCCCAGGGCCCGCUGAGGCUCAGGGACCUGAGCGUGCCCACGCGCUCGCGCUCCCAGCGCCCGGGGCUGUGCAUCUAUCUGGACCCUGAGGAGGCUGAGCGCCUGGGCACACCGGGGCCCCUGCACUUCCGGUACAAGCAUGCGCGGCUGCAGGCCCUGGAGACCAUGGCCAACAUCCUGAAGCAGCGGAUCGACACCCUGACCGCCAAGCUGCUCCAGUCUGAGACAGCGGACACCCUCGGGGACCUGGGCUUGGACCCCCCGCCCUCGUGCCCCAGCAUUGCGCCUGCAGCCCCAGCUUGCUCCGGAGCCUUGGUGCCUAACGGGGGCGGAGGGGCGCCCUGGGGCUGGGCAGAUGCGCGGGCAGGGACGCUGCUGUCUCCCACCUGCCUGCUGGACGGCGAGACGCCCCUGUGGAGCUCUGCCUGGGAGCCGUGGCAGAGCGUGAGCCCAAGCAGCCCCCUCGCCAGCAAGCCCCCAGGUAAGGCCACACUUGGGCCACAGGGUCCCACCAGCCCUGUGGGGGCCGAGGGGACUGGAAUCCUGCUUUCUCCAUGCUGCUCGGUUUCUUCUGGCCACGGCCCUCUUGCUGUGGGGCGGGCGCCCCUCCCUCGCUCCCCACGGACCGGCAGCCCCUCCCCUUGGGCUGAUGCCUGGGAGGUGAGGUCCCGGCUCCAUCUCUCCGAAGGUUUCAUGGAGGAUGGCUGUUCGGAGCUGGACAGGAGGCUGGCGAGAAAUGUGGCUUCAUUCCGAGCCCUCAGCCCCUUCACAGGGAGCCGCACUGGCCAAGGCCAGGAGUCGGAGUGCGUCCAGGCCCGGCAAGGGAGCGGCACGGCCCUGGUCCACGGUGUGGGCUCCGAUGCUGGCCAGCUGGUCCUCCUGCGUCUGAGCGCAGAGCCCCAAGCCCGGGACACUGCGGAUAUCGGCAUCUCCAGGCCCCACCUGCUCACCCUGCCCUCCUGGCCCUCUGGCCACAGGCCUGUCCCUCAUAGGCCUUUGGCCCUUGGGUCCCACCUCGGACACCAUACACGUCUGAGAGCUCUGUGGGCCAAGGGACCCCAGACCCCUCCCACAAGCUGCCCCUACCUUAGGAUGUUUGUGGCCCCAUCCUGCUCACAAGUGUGUUUGCGUGUCCCCAGCUCACACGGGGUGCCGAUCCCACCGGACCCCACCUGCUGCUCCCUGUGGCUGGAGGAGACGCCGUCGGCCCGAGGGGCAGGCCUGGUCACACCCUGGACCACGCAGAGCUGCGGUAAGGGUGAGCCUGUGGCCAGGCCCUGGGCCGUCCGGGCGGGUGGCCGGGGAGGCCCGCAGGGGACUCCCUCCACUGUCUGGCGCUGCGGCGAGGCCCUGCAGGUGUAGAUGGGGCCUUUGCUACGUGAAGACCGUCCACGCGUCAGAUGUCUUGCUACGUGGAGAGCUUCCACGCUUCAGCAUUAAAGUGUUCUGGAGGCUUUCGGGACCCAGCCGCUUGCUCUGUGCACUUACACACCUGUUGUGACUGGUAGUUGCCCGAGGAACGUGCAUCUUGUGUGCGCCCCAGCCACCUGCCUCCCCCUACUUGGCCCAUGGGUGGCGCCUGGGGCAGGGGGUGGGCAGCCCCAGCCGGAACCCCUAAAACCCCUGGCGGGGGGGCGCAUGAGACCAGAGCCUGGGGCAGAGAAGGGCGUCCUCCCGACACCCAGAGAGGACACCGGCAGUCACUGGUGGCCCAGAAACCAGGCGUCUGGAUGGUGUGAGCUUUCCCACUGACUCAUUCCCUCGAGGAAUAUUCAGUGAGUGGCCUGGAUGCCAGGCAAGGACAGAUGAGAACUGAUGUCAGCAGUCUCUCCUGCAGAGCUGCUCCUCCCCACAGGCGCCUCUUGGCUGGGCCCGUCCUCCUGGGAAAGCAGGGACCUGGCUGGAGGCUGCCCCGCCCCCGCUUGCUGGGAGGCCUCAGGGUCCCUGGAGGGCCCACCAACACGGGCCAGAUGCUUUCUAGAGAGGAGACAGGGCAGGGCUGCCCCACCCCCCGAGACGGUCCCUCCUGGAGCCUCUGAGGUCUGGUCUGGGCAGAGCUGCAGGCUGUUGCCCAGGGGCUGGCAGCUUCCAUAGGCUGAACCUGGGUGGGGCAGGUGCCAGGCCUUCUGGAAAAGACUACUCCUCUCCCUAGCUCUGCUUGCAGGCUGUCUCUCCAGGAGGUAAGAGCAGGUUGGCGAUGGCAUAGAGCUCUCUGUCCCUCCUGAGCCCCCACUGCCCUGCCGCUCCCCUCGGCAGGGCAGGGCAGGGCAGGGCAGGGCCCAGCUCUCUGUGCAGACUGGAAUUCUUGAGGCCACAGGCAGCCCCCAAAAGUUGUUUGAUAUCUGGGCUGCUUCUGCCUGGCUGAGAGCUGGAUCUCAGGCAGCCAAGCUGUGAGCACAACACAAAGUGCCUGCACUGGGCUUAGGUCAGACACCUCCUCCAGGAAGCCUCCCAGAUAACUCUCAGGCUAGGUCAGGUGCUGGCACUCACCCUGUUGUAUUCUGCUUUGCAGGCGUCAAACCCGUGUUUGUGCUUCCGUCUCCAUGGGCCACGAGGGCGUGAGGGGUCUGGCUCCCAUUUCAGCCCCGGUGCCUGGGGGAGUGCCCGCCACGUGAGGGGCGCCUGGGGAAUAUUCGCUAAAGGCAUGAAUGAACUGAGUGCGCCAGGCCAGGCACCUGUGUCACAUGGUGUCCCGUUGGUCUUGCUGUGCCUCGGGGACAGGUCCUGUCCUCAUGUCCAUGUUUACGGAGGAGCACUCUGAUGCUCAGAGGGGCACCCUCCUCCCCAGCCAGUAACUGGGAGAGCGGGGAUUCGAACUCAGCCCUGAGCCCGUCAGCUCUCACUUUUAUGGAUGGAAGCAGCGUGGUCUGAUAGAACUUUCUAGAUUUGAACAUCAGGCACUACUGUCCGAGAGAGCUUUUUGGACUCGAGCAAACGUCUCAGCUGGGGCCACCCAUAGGACAAAGUAAUAGCAUUUAUGAAAUUGUCUUGUCAGAUCCCCAGCCACCAGGCACUUUGGGGUGACGCAUGGUGCCGGGGUCUUGGGGCUCCUUGCCAGUUGUCAUCGGAGCACUUGAGGAGAGAGACCAGUGUCAUUCUCUGCUCAGUAGGGUCGCUCCAGCAGGCUCCGGGGGCUCAGAGGGGUCGGUCCGGCAGGCUCCGGGGGCUCAGUGGGGUCGCUCCGGCAGGCUCCGGGGGCUCAGUGGGGUCGCUCCGGCAGGCUCCGGGGGCUCAGUGGGUCGCUCCGGCAGGCUCCGGGGACUGGCAGGUGGUUGGCAGCUCAUCUCAGGGACAGCUCAGGGGCAUGCAGCCCGUGUCUCCCUACUGACCUGUCAGGGAUGCUGGAGUGUCGGAGCUGGCCAGGAAGUCCCUCUCUUCAGGUGGAGGGCUCGGGCCUCGGGCCUCUGGAGCUGUCAGGUGCCUGGAAGAGGGUUGGCGGGAGCCCAGGCUGGCGGGCUUGGUGGCUACUGGGCACUUUCUCUGGCUUCAGCCUCUCUCAAGGCCACAAAACAAAGGCAUGAGAGUUUCCCCUUCUCGAGGGAACUUCGGCUCAGAACAGACAUCUUAAGCCCAUUCCUGAAAGUGUCUUCACUCUCAGGGAGGAGGGGAGGCUCCACCAGCGCCCCCUCGGAUGCUCAGUGCACGUCAGGUGGCCACAGCCUUGCUGCCCGUCCAAGCCUGGCGCCCCAUGGAGUUUUUCGGCUGCCGUGGAAACGCCGGGGAAGUGGGUGGCUGUCGCUCACAGCUCCGUCACGGCUCUAAGCAUGGGAGCCCACUCGCUCGGCUCGGGGAAGCAGAGCACAACAGAGGGUUGCCACAGCCAGCACACUUGCCAGUGGUGACUGACAGCUCAUCCGAGUCACCAGGAGGGCUCUGCCUUUUGCAGACGGGGCCUGGGCCCCAGAGCGAGCGGACCAUCCCGUGGCUACCUCUGCCCGCUCUUAGCAGGAACCAGGCCAAGAUGGGGGGCAGAUCAAGGAAGGAGCAUGCUGGCCAACCCCCAGCCAUGGAGUUGCCCCAAGAGGCAGCUCCCACAGGGCUAGGAGCCAACAGCAUGCAGAGCCAAGCUGGGCCCUGGGGGGUCACCAAAGGGCAGAGGAUCCCUCUGCUGACUUGGGGACUGUGCAACCCCAGGGGAGGCUGAGGGUCUCGUGCCCACAGUCUGGAACUAAGCCCUGGGGACCACGCCUCGUGUUAACACGCCCACCCGCACAGCCAUUACUAGUCCAGAACAGCAGCAGCCACCCUGCUGAGCAAGCCUUAGGUCACUCGUGCCGGGAGGUGGGACCGCUGUCUCCCCGUGGAGGCUCUGAUCCGCUAGCGAUUUGUUCCAGGUCACCCUGCGGAUGCGUGCCGAGCAGGGUCCAUCUGGCGGCAAAGCUCGUGAGCUCGUGUUCCUGUCCCAUCACCUCUGCCAGCCUGGGUCAUCGCUCCAGGGGCAGCGUGGCCAGGGGUCAGGCAGAGUGAGCUGUGGAGGCGGUGCAGCGAGGGAGCCGCGUCUGCCGCCUCCUCCCGGGACGGGUGUGCUCGGUGAUGGCUCAGGCCCAGGCAUCCUCCUGGGCUCCUCCCUACGUGCCGUCUCCCUGCAGGCCGGAGCACUGCGGCUGAGCAGGGGACACUCGGGUGCCCCAGGCGCUCAGCGGUCCCUUCUCCGUGGUCUGCGCAGGUCAGCGGGAGCCUGGUGGGCUGCGGUCUGGGCGCCUCGCUGACAUCCAGCAGCAGUCCCUGAGCUUCCUCCAGUCACUGAAGGUGUGUCCUGCCCCCGUUCUAUUGGGUGGCUGUGGCUCUUCAGGGGGAGGCUGGUGGGGGGUGGGGAGCAUCACGGUCAUACUGGUCUGGGCCACCAGCCUUCAUGGCUAAGAGGGAGGCUGGGGGUGCAGAGCAGGUAGAGGGGCUGGAGGGUACGGCCUGCCAAGAGUGGGGUCCUUUCGAGCGUAGGGCGGGAGGUCUUGAAGGUGGCACUGCCUGCUCUCUGUGCCGAGGGUUUGCUGGGAGCCGUGGGGGCUGGCUGGGCCCCAGAACCCUGAGGCUUGGGACCCCUGCAGCUGGACCAGCAGAGGCAGGGGCAGGCGCUGGCCCGCCUGCAGCAGCGGGCAGAGGUGGAGGUCCGGGAGGCAGAGAAGGCCCUGGACGGCCUGCUCUUCCAACACCAGCUGGAGGUCAGCUGGCCGUGGCCCGAGCUCCCACGCGUGCCCAUUCCCUGCCCAGGGCAGCGUGCCCUGCUGCUGGAGGCGCUCGUGGGCCUUCCCUCACCCCUGCCAUGUCCAGCCCUCUCUGGAGGGCAGGGAGGGGUCAGAGAAGGGUUGCCCGUGUCGGGGAUGGACAGACGGAGCCCUGAGGUUGGAGACCUGCCCGGCCUGGCCCGCUGGCCGUGAGGCUGCCCCGUUCAUCCCCCACGCACUCACCCAUCCUUGCAGAGGCUCAUGGAGAAACACUCAACACAAGCAAGGUCAGAGGUGGCUGGGGAGCUGGCGCGGCUGCAGGUGUGCGGGGAUCCGGAUCCCAAGACCUCCUGGAGCAUGGUGACAGCCAGACCACGGUGUGGCCCGAGACGGGGCCCACGGUGGAAGAGGGCGGGGUGAGGGGGUCUGGGACGGGCGUCGGCGCUGGCGCCGCUGGAGCCGUGAAUCUCUGGUGCUUUCACACCUGGCAGGUCCCACCUGCCCCCGGGCCGAGACGCUGCUGUGUUCUCUUGGGGCCGCCAGGAAGGACGAGAGAGUCAGGAGGGCACAGCUUCUGCAGGUGAGUGUCCUCCAUCCCCGCCACACACCAGGGGCUUGACCCUGAGCCAGGGAGCAGGCAGAGCACGCUCCCUACAUGGACCCAGUGGGGGAAACUGAGUCAGGCACACAUGAGAAAGGCCCAGGGAUGGAGGGAUGUGGCCUGAGGCCGUGUGGUAAGUGCAGAACCAAGAUUUGAAACUAAGUCUGAUGCCAGGACUCUGUGACUGACUAUCGGGCAUCUCUGCCACACAUUUGUAGGGGCUGGGUGUCCACUGAGCCUGGAGUAACUAGGCUAAGACAGCAAGUGAACACAGCAGCCACCACCCCCACCUCCACACACCUGGUGACUAUGAGCUUGGGUCACAGAAAAACGCGUUCAGUUAGACACUAGGUGACGCAGCCUAACGGCAGGACCGCGGCCGAGUAAGGAGGGGUGUGGCAUGCCAUCUAGCCCUGCCUGCCCUGCUCAGGGACUGAGGGGGCCUCAGCUCCUCCAGCCCCGCUCCCGGCAGACCGCCAGGGCAGCCGUCACCAUCUGCCCGGGGCCCAGUUACAGCCCAUCUCAGCCUCUUAGGGAACAGGGACCCUCCAACAUGCCCAUCCCGUCCCUCAGAGCAGUCCGCCCUCACCUGCUUGGUGCUGGACCUUGACCGGGUCUCUCUGGGCCUCGGCCUCCCCUCCUGAGACAGUGGGGCACCUGGACCGAGCCAUCCCCGAGGCUCCUCUCCCCUAGCUCUGGUCUUCUGCGUGGUCGGUGGGUUCGCACAGCAGAGCUUCACGUUAGUCGAUUCCGUGACGUGGCCUCGUGAAGACCCGUUGUGAAGCCGUGUGUGUGUGGGGACGUCACACCCCCCACACCCUACCCCUGCGGGGCCCUGCUCUAGAACAGGCCCCCAGCCCCGUGACCGAACCACAGCUUUGUCCUCAGAGGCCACGCAGGAAGGGAGGCCAGACUGGACCUUCUCCCAGCUGCCGCUGGCCAGGCUCUACCCUUGGGAAAACCCCACCCACCAGGUACUGAGAGAUGACCCUUAGGAGGCAGGGCAUAGGAGUGGGGUCCCAGGGAGGCACUGGCAGCCAAUAGUAGCCCCAAAUUCUCCCUCAGGUGCCAGGCCUGCCUUUUGUACAGCUUGAACCCAGGGGGUCUCCCGGGUGGGUCCUGGGCUGAGGGAGGCUCUCCCUGCCUCGGGCAUCACCCACCCUUCCACGGGACUUCGGCCCAAGCUCCUUCCUUCCACCCUGGGGGACAGGGGAGGGCAGGCAUUUCCACAGGCUGCUACAGGCAGGGCUGGCCCCGCCACCCAGGAAGCACACUGCAGUGUGGCCCGGCCUAUCCCACAUCCUCUGGAGCACAAAUGAGUGCCCGGACUGGAUCCGGGCUGGGCACAUGGCCAAGAUGAUGAGGACCCCGCCCAGGCCUCGGAGCUCGUAGCCGGGAAGUGGGGCACAACACGGGGAUGAGUGAGAGGGCAGUCCAGGAGGGCUUCCUGGAGCCGGCAGCCUCCUCCCCUGGGCUGGGCACCGCUCCCAU